GAACUUCUCUCCCGCCGGGCAGCGUCCUCUGUGACACCGAAAGCGGAAGAAAGUUCAUUUCGUCUCUCGAAGAAAGGAUCGGCGGGCAACGAUGUUGCUGGUCCUGUCGGAAGAACACAAGGAACACCUGGGCUUCCUUCCGCAGGUGGAGAGCUCAGUUGUUAGUGAAUUUGGCCGUAUUGCUAUGGAGUUCUUAAGAAAAGGCACAAACCCCAAGAUCUAUGAAGGAGCAGCAAGAAAACUUAAUGUUAGUAGUGAGACAAUUCAACAUGGAGUUGAAGGGUUGACAUACCUUCUCACGGAGAGUGCCAAACUUAUGAUAUCUGAGAUAGAUUUUCAAGACUCCAUACUUGUACUAGGUUUCCCUGAAGAGUUGAAUGCCUUAUUACUUCACCUAUAUCUUGAUAACCGGAAGGAAAUCAGAAGUAUUCUGAGUGAACUAGCACCAAAGCUUCCCAGUUAUCACAAUCUUGAAUGGAGACUGGAUGUGCAGCUUGCCAGCAGAAGUCUCAGACAACAGAUUAAGCCAGUUGUGACCCUAAAACUACACCUGAACCAGAAUGGAAAUCAAAACACCCAAAUAUUACAAACUGACCCAGCAACAUUAAUCCAUCUGAUUCAGCAACUGGAACAAGCUUUGGGAGAGAUGAAAACAAAUCACUGCAGAAGAAUAGUGCGCAACAUCAAAUAGCAUUGUCAUCUCAGUAAACUUAGAGUUAUGGAGAACAGUAUUGCAACUUAACAGUUCAUUUGGGUGUCUUCAGCCAGGAUCAUGAAGCAAUGUUUGCAAGCUGAAUAUAGUUGGGUGCUAAUAGGCAUGUGCCAUAAUAUAAUAUGCCAUAUGCAAGCAGGAACAAUUGAGAUAAAUUUUAGGGAGAUGUAAAUUAUUUAAUUGACCAUGUGAACAUCUCUGCAUUCAGUCACUUUUUGUAUAACAGACAUCAGUUUGUUGCUAUGAUGACCAAUCUUUUUCUCAUUUGUUAAAAAUAAAAAAACAUAAUUUUAUUUGUCUUUGUCAUCAGACUGAUUUCUUGCAAUUAUUUUAUUUUUCCUGAAAAAGCUGUUCCUCAGUGCUAUGGAGAUGACUUUCAUCUGCUCACUGAUGGUAUUGUGUAAAAGGAAAUACAACAGCAAUUUGUGGUGAAAGUUGUAGUGUUCUAAUAAAUAAAAGUUUCUGGAUGUUUCCUUCCACACUUUUAAGUAUAUUGAGUGAAUGCCAUCGAAGGAUUAUUCUACAUGUUUUUUUUCUAAUUGUUUUGAGUGUGGAAUUUAUUAAAUUUGUCUGUUUUCCAUAUGACCCAAACAGCUCAUUAUCCAUAUAUCAGUAUAUGUGCAAGAUAUUUAGAACUGCUCACACGUAGAAGUGUUGUGUAUGAAUCAAUAUAUAAAAUUAAAUGAUAGACCAUGAUUUUGUAUAUUUAUGUUUAACUUGUUUACUUUAUUUUGUUGUUCGCUUUUUCACCUACAUCUAGGAAAUUAACUGCUAAACAGAAAUUGGUUUUCCUUGACCUUUCAGGCUAGAAGACUUUCUGUUUCAGUAUUGGAAAGACAUAUGCUCGCUUUCUAUUAAAUAAUGAACAGGGAACCUCAAAAUAUUGUUAGCAUUUGAGCAUGUGGCAUAUGGAGGUCAGCUGUGCAUAAACAUCUAAUGAACUAUUUGUUAUCCUUGUUAGAUGUUUAUGGAUAGAUUGUUUCAUUAUGCUGUAUUUCCAGUCUAUUAUCUGUCAGCUUAUUAUUUGUAAUAAACAUCCUUCCCUA